AUGGACCGAACCGCGGAGAACUGGACCAAAAGUCCAGUUCGAACCAUGGUUCUGGACCGGACCGCGGCAGCACUACAAACGAAGCUCCGAGGGGUGAGCGCUAGCGAUGGAGUCUCCAGGUUGAGCGCGGGCAUCUCUACGCUCGUACAAAGAAAGGAAUACGUCUGCCUAAUGAGACUCCCAGCCCAGUCGGUCGUCUCACACAACGAACCUAUGCGCAGCAUGUCACACGUCACACACCCCUUCGAACUUUCGAACCUAAUGUUCAUUUGGUCACACCCAUAUCAGGUCGAACUUAAGGAUCACCACGAUAAGUUCAACAAGACCGGCGCUGGCGUCACCCCGCUUGACGAACACGCGGCCGCCAAUCUUCACAAACAAGUAUUACUGGAGUUCCCUUGGUACGACCAGCUCCACCCAUUCCUCUUCUCCAAUCCAACAAUCAGCGCAAAGAUUUUCACCUCCCAGCCGGGAGUCGACCACGCCGCAGAUUACUACUCGCUCAUUCGUCCAUGUGGGGGGGCUGGUCCCUCUACAAACCCACCUGGUCCUCAGCUCCCUCAGCUCCAUCCUCAAAACUCUCAGCCCCCUCCCCCAGACCCCCAGCUGCUUCCCCCAGACCCUCAGCUCCCUCUCUGGAGCCCACCUGACACUAGCGCUCAGUGUGCUCCUCCAAGUAUUCGGCCUGGUCCCAUGGGCGCUCAGCACGCCCCCCAACACCCCCCUCCUCAUUUUUCCGGCACUGGGGGCAGUCCAAUCGACGAUCCAGAUGGUGACCUCGACGACGACCCCCAUGCCAAUGACAACGGUCCUUUUUUUGCCCCCCUUGGCAACAUGCUGGGUAUGUUGGACGGGGGGACGUUGACAUGGAUGAUGACAAUGGGAUGGAGCUUGACUCCUCCCAUCAUCGUGUCAUCAGCCUUCACAGUCCCCCCAGGUUGGUGGGACAGAAGCGGCCUAAGCUACUACGUCAAGCACCCAACAUGUCGGAAAUGUAGUAAGACUAAUUACAAGUCUAAAGUUCGGACCGUCUAA